UUUUCUGACUUAAGUAUUAGUCCUCUUACACAUAGUAUCAGGGCCUGUUUUAUAAAGUAUCACAACAUAGUGGUUCAUUUGGUUUGUCUGUAAUGGAAAGCAUAGCCUUGCUCUCACUGCAUUUUGCUUCUCUACAAAAAUCAUAUUUGCCCUUUCAAUCUUGUAGCUCUAUAUUAUUAAGAGGAAUGCUGUUGUGGUUCAUCCUUUUAAAUAUCGUGAAUUGCAGGUCUUGAGGCACCUCCUAGAGACUAUAGCAUUCCAGGAACCAAAAGCAGUAGGAUUUGGGCAACUAUUGGUGCUGCUGCUAAUCUUGUUUUUGCAUAUAACACAGAAAUGAUUCCCGAGAUACAGGCUACCGUGGGAGAACCUGUUGUCAAGAACAUGAUAAAAGCCCUCAACUUUCAGUUUACUUUAGGCAUUGUUCCGAUGCAUGCUGUUACUUACAUUGGAUAUUGGGCUUAUGGAUUCAAUGCAUCUUCCUAUUUGCUGAACAACGUUAGUGGUCCAAUUUGGUUGAAGGGAACGGCUAAUAUUGCAGCUUUCUUGCAAGCUAUCAUCGCGUUGCAUAUUUUUGCAAGUCCAACGCACGAGUUCUUGGAUACUAAGUGCGGAAUUAAAGGGAGUGCACUGGCUUGUAAAAACUUGGGAUUCAGAAUUAUUGUUAGAGGUGGUUAUAUAGCCAUUACAGCUUUCCUCUCUGCUCUGUUGCCUUUUCUGGGAGACUUCAUGAGCCUUACUGGAGCUAUCAGUACAUUUCCACUCACAUUUAUACUUCCAAAUCACAUGUACAUUGUUGCUAAUAGAAAGAAGUUGUCGUUAUUACAGAAGAGCUGGCAUUGGCUCAAUAUUUUUUUCUUUAGUUGCAUAUCAGUUGCUGCAUUAGUAGCUGCCUUGAAGCUUAUGGAUGUAGACUCUAAAACCAACCAUGUCUUUGCUGAUUUAUAAUUUUAUUUUUCAGUAUUAGAUAGAGGGGAUAAUGUUCUCAUCUUUAGGGAUCAUUUUUAUGUAAAUGUUAAAUUAUUCAGCUAUAAUAAAUGUCAUCUGAUUUUAUACUCAGAGAAUGGUAAAUAUAUAUCCAAUUGAUAGGUGAACUAACAUUUGACUACUAUUGAGUAUUAUAAUUCUUCACAAAAAUACCCUAAGGUUGAUGGUACUUUUAUACUUAAGGAGGGUAUUUGUGAGUCAUUUUUCAUAUGUUCAGGUAUUUUUGGCCCUUUUCCGUUAAAACAUUGAUCUCAAAUUUUCUUUCAAGGGAGUAUUAAUUUGCCCAAGAGACUUGCAAUAAAUUAAAAAAAAAAAAUGGAGUUCCUGAAAAAAGUGGUUGUUUGCAAGUAUUUAGGAUAUGGCAGCCAUAGCAGAGGAAGAAGUCACCAAAACAAUGGCUUCAAGAACAGAGAGAACUUUGAAGAGAAAGCAGUUGAAUAAUCAUUUUUGCAAUUUGUACAGUCGUUUCCUCUUCAACCAGACGACAAAUUGUCCCAGCUCCAAUCUCCCUAAUGUUUUUAGGAUGGAGUUCCCGGUGUUCCCAUCUCUGAUCUGGUGUGUCCGAGCCGCAAAGGCGGGGCCAAGUUUGAAUUACGGGUUCAUCAAAACUUAGUAGCUUUAGCUCAAAUAUUGUAUUUAUAUUAAAAAAAAUAUAAAUUUAAGCUGUUAUAACAGCUUGUUUGGAUGGUUGUUACCUAUUGUAUCGUAUUGUGUUGUUAGUAUAAGUACAACGUUUGUUUUGAUUAUUAGUUGAAUUUUAUUGUAUCGUAUUGUUAAUCAUCAUUAUGUAACGACGAAAACUCUCAUUUUAUGUAACGACCAAUUUGGCGUGAUCACACAGUUGCCUUA